UUUUUUAUAUUUAAUUGUUUGAUGUGGAAAAUAAUAACAAAUUAAAUGUUUUUUUAUGAAAACAUUUUUUGUAUGUAAAAUUAUUUUUCAUUUAAUUCAAAUAUCAUUUAUAUUUUAUGAAUACACUCCUUAAAUUUGUAAAAGAUUGAAGACGAAAUAAUAUUAUAUUUCUAUGAUAUUUUAUUCAUAAUAAAUGUAUUUUUUGUAAGAUAAUAAUUAAUUAUGAAUUGUCCAAAACUUGUAAGUAAAUAUUUUACGCCAAAAAUUCUAUGGUAUCAAACAGAUACUACGGUAAUCGUACGUAUUUUAUUACAAGAUAUAAAGGAAUAUUUCCUUCGAGUAGAAUAUGAUCAUUUAUUAUUUAGCACUACAGUAAAUUCAAAAAAUUAUUAUAUUUAUUUAUAUCUUUUUGGAACUGUAAUAGCAGAAAAAACAAUUCACAUAAACUUAGAAAGAGAAAUUAAAAUAACACUUAUAAAGGCACAUAAAUGGACAGAAUGGUUAAGAUUAUGUAUUGAAAAAGAAAGAAAUCCUUUAAUUAGUAUAGAUUCAGCACAUAUAUAUAAACGUGAUUGGAUUAUUGAUUCAUUAAAAAACAUAGAAAGAGAAAGUUUUGCAGAGUAUAAACGUAGACAUAAUAUAACUCAAAUAAUGCCAGAUGUACCAUCUACUGAUGAAGAAGAAUCUGAUGAUGAAGCAAUGGACAUGUUAUUUCUUUAAUCUAUAUCUAUAUAAGAUAAAUAUAUUUGAUCAAUGCAAUAUCUAUAUUCUAAUAUAUCUAAUAUUCAAAUAUAUUUUUAAAUAAAAAUAAAAAAUAUAA